CCCACGGGGUUCAGGCCCGCCUUUCUCCUCACACAUGGGGGCUGUAAUGGGAGGGAACAAACUCCAAGGGCUGCAGGCCUGGCUGCUGUUAGCCCUAGGAGACAUCUGACCAGCCUGGCUCAACCUUCAAGGUGCUUUGUACUCCUGCUGGGGUCACAGCAAGAAAUCUAGUGAUCCUAGUGCUUUGGAGGGUGUCUCAGCCUGUACAUGUGCACACUGUCAGGGCUAGGUGUGGACAGCAGACUUGCCUAUCAUGGUGCAUAUGCCACAGGAGAGUUCCCUUUGCUGGUGCCUAGGAAGAGGUGCUUAUCCUCUCUAGGAAGGCAAGCAGUAAGGAGAAGGAAAUCUCUCUUCCCACCACUUGUCUGUUUAUCUCAGUUUUUCAGUGGGCAUCUCCAGUUGCAAAUUUACUAUUUGUAUUUAGCGUUUGUUGGGGAGUCCAUGGAGUUGGUAUCAGUAAAGGUCCUUGUUUCCCAACAGGUUUAAAUGUCUUGGUAUUCUCUUAAGUGGAAGCUCUUUUUGAGAUUAUGGCAAUGUGAUGUCUGCAGUGUUUACUGGGCACUUAAUUUUCUUCAUGUUUUUGAGCCUGGCAGGUCUGACAUCAGCUGGUUGCUCCUCAAAGCAGGUCCUCCCACAGGCUCACAGUUUUGUUCUCCGCAGGAUCCUCUGUGUUUUUCAUUGUUUGGCUAAGUGUUCCUCCAGUCUUUUCCUCAGCUCACCUAGCCAGUUAUGCUUUAUUGUCAGUUUGGGCUGCACAUCUAGGAGGCUUGGCUGCUUCUAGUGCAUAGUCCCAGGGGAAAUAAAUGUUCUGUACCAACAGUGCGGAGCUUUCAGUGUAGUGGAGCAGCCUUGGAUCAUUGUGCUUUUGUGUGGGGCUGGUGCUGCAUGAUGAGAGAUAGUGCUCUGCAAGACCAGGGUUUCUGGUUUGGGUGCCGCAACAGCACCAUUCCAGGCCAUCUCUUGGAGGCAGAGAGGUAUUCUGGUCCUCUGGUAUGAUAUGGCCUCUUCCAGCAGCUGCUGUGGUGUGCAGCCUUGUAGUAGAUGGAGCUUUGAUAUAUUUGAAGAAUUUGGAUUGUUUCAAAGACUGGGGAAUUCUGCUUGCCUUUUUUUCUUGUACUGUGUCUUUUUUGGAUAUGAUGCCCCAGGAACCCACAUUAAACUUUUCUGGAGUGGAUUCUUGUGUCCUAAGUUGGGUGAUAAUGACUUACGUGCCAUGUUAGUAGCACUGUUCUCCCCAUAGUAGAGUUAAUAAUGUAGCAAGAGGUUACAAUGGGCUCUGUGUCCUCAAAGCAUGCUUUAUUCUUGUCCUGAGAGCUGGGUGCUCAGGCACCCUUGCAGCUCUGGUUACUGGUAUUUGAAAACUUUUGGUGACUAUGAGACCUUUUCCCAGGGCCUGAACUGGAGAGCAGCUUGUUCUGAAGCCUUUUUAUGAAGGUGCCAAAAAGGAGCAGUUUCAUUAGAGCCUGAGCCAUAUCUGUAGGUUGAGAAAGGUCUGCACUCUCAAAGGGAGAAUAGGGGGCUUUUAGUGCUUGCUGCCUCCAUGACAGGCAGCCAGACCGUAUGGAGUUCUUGGAGCAAUCCCACAGCCCUUGUUUGUGUUAACAGUUCUGAGGUUUGGGAAUACCCCAAACCAUGGCCAUGGCCCCUGUCCACCACCUCCUCCUUGUUAUCCUCAUCCUGGUGGCCCUGCAUUUCAGGGCUGCUGCUUAGUGAGCACAGGGUAGUGCUGGUGCAGCCUUUCACAGGCCAGUGGGCUCUUCUCCCUGAGAGGUGUGGAUGUUUUUAUCCAGUGCUUUUCUGUGUUUGAGAGCUCUCCCAGUAAGAAAGCCCUGAGGCACCAUGUGUUGAUCCAUCCAGAAAAACCAUCCCAUAAGCAUUGGUGUGCAGGCAAUGGCAUGUCUCAGGCACAUCUCUAGUGAGCUUGGUUUUAUCCCUUUCUCCUUUCAAAUCUAGUUUAAAGCUCUUUCAAUUGAGCCCUGCUAACUCCUGUGCAAAAGCCCUUUUCUCCCUCCCCAUCCCCUUAAUCCAAGCCCCAGGGAGGCAGAAGACUUCCCUGAAAAGUGGAAGAAGAGGCUGGUCUGCCUAUUGGGCCUUCUGUUCCCUUCAGAAGGGAGUCUCCUAUGACAAUGGCCCAUCGUUUUUUCUCUAUGGAAGUGAUUUUGACUCAGAGGGUGUAGGCUAGGUUAACCAUAUGACACCUCCAGUCUAGAUGAACCAUCAUCCUGGUUUGGUUCCACUUGCAGAGCGUCAUACCUAUUGCACAAGGGCACCAGGGAAGGUGAGGUAGUCAUGGAGGAGACAAACCUGCUGUGCCGGGCAGAAACUUGUCACCAUUGCCCCCUCCUCCUUAAGUCACUGUGUUUAGUCAGGUGCAGAAGCAACCAAUGAGGCAGGAGGAGAAAACAAUGUUGAGGGCUCAUAGCCACGGAAGCAUUUCUAGCCAGGUUGCUGUGGCAAGUAGUGGUUGGCAAAAACCUCUGCUGAGGUUUCUGCUGCUGUCAGAUGCUUUAAUUUGACUCUUAAUUCCUGGGCUGCCUUCUUGGCAUCCUGCUCUGACUGGAGCCAGUGUUGGCUCCAACUGGCCCUGCUUGACCAGGAGUGACAGGCAAAAGCUAAGCAAGGUAAGGAGGGGAAGGAGCAGGGAAAGAGAUGCCCCUAGAAAGCGAGAUGGGCACUGGUGCCUGCUCCUUAGCAGUGAACCUGCCUGGAGGAAUCCCCCUGCUUGGUGAUACCAUGGGGUGCAGAUGUCCACCUCAGCCAAGGUACACCAGCAGCUCAGCCUGUGGUGGUGAGCCUUGCCUGCUCUGUCCCAUCUGCAGCUGAGGGCCUCAGCAGCCUCCUCUCUCCGCAGGUGCCUCACUGCAGCUUCAGGAGCCCAGCUGGAAACUGAGAGUUGCCCCUUGUGCCACAGUAAUUCCACAGAAACCUACAGAAUGAAAAAAAAUCUCCAAGAGGUCUCAGGUACAGAGUGAUCCACUCUCCCAUAUGGUUCUGCAAAAACUUUCAGGGCUGAACCUCAAAAUUCCUUUCAGCUCAGCCAAAGGCAAACAGCUGCUUUCUCAUGAUUUCCCAGCAUAAAAGGUUGUAAUUAGUUCAGUGAUAGUCUGGAGGGUCAGGGGAGUGGGUUGUACUUAAUGCUUGUUGCUUUUCUGUUCUCCCUCAAAAUUGUUCAGAGUUUAAAACCAGAAUGGUACCUGUAAACUAGUUGUAACCUGCAAAGUGCAGCUGACGGUGAAGAAUAAUCCUCCCUCAGUUGCUUGUACUUCACAGUGACAAUUGUUUAAGCACACUUUAUUUAAAGGAAAAAAGUAACAACUAAGUAAAGUCACAGAAAAGACUAAUUGAACCAACCCUUUGGAUGAAAGGGUAGGGCAAGAGGUGUCAUGGGAGUGUUUAAUCCAUCAGAAAUGUGAUGACUAAAUGAGCAGUUAUUACUCUGAAUAUGUACCAUCACUGGGCCUCUCCUACAAUCAUUUAGGACUAUUUUUACAUUUCUCAUGCAACCUGCCUGUGUGACAAAGCUACACACAUACUGUACUCAAUUAGUGUCAAGCAUAAGAGCUGCUCAGCAUGUGUCUCAUGCCUCUAAACCUCCCCUGGAAGCAAGUUUCCCAGCAUACAAAGCAUACCCACCAUUCUCUUAACCCUGUCAGAGGACAGUUCCCAAAUAAAGGCAAAAUAAAGACCCGUAAUACAUGAUAAAGCAUUCUAACUCAUUAGGUAACAUUGUCCCAGCAGCAGAUGCAGUGUAGUAGCUGCUUGAAGUGUUAAAUGUAAUUAAAUACAUCAGGGUAAUGAGACAAGGCACUUGAAUAGGCAUUUGUAGAAUUCUAGUGAAAAAGCCUGCUUAAAAAAACCCAUCCAACUCCCCCCCCCAAAUCCCAAUCCACCCAAAAAACAAACAACGAAAAGAAGAAAAUGAAUGCACUCCUAUUACAGGAAAUAUGAAUUACUUUGUGUCCCAGUCUCUCCAGAAGCAUCAGUACAUGAAAAAGAGGAGAACGGAGUACACAACCUGCUCUGCACGCUUUCUCCUCUGGCACCAACUGCACCAGGGUGAAAUGGCUUAAUUUGACAGAUGACCCAGCAUGACCUUGUAUAAUCGAUACACACGCUGUGUUAUUGAAAUGUCCCUGCCAGUCUCCUGUGACACCAGCUAUUGCUCUUCAGCCACAUUUGCAAGUGACCAAACAUCAUGCUUGCACAGAGGCAAUGCUUGCUAAGAGAAAAGGAACUCUUAAACACCAGAAUGUAACACAACUGAAAUGGAGCCGAAGGCAAAAUUGUGUUAGUCCAGCAACUGGAAGGUUGAGCAGGCCUAGAAGUUGCUCAGACUUCUUUAGGUGAGAGUUCUAGGGGCCAAAGGCAAGAACUGGCCUAAGGCUUUAUUGAUUAGUUAAUUAUCUACCCAGAGGCAGCUACAGUGGAAAACAAGGUGAAAAAGUUUGUUUCGGUGUAGCUGGUGGAUUUCAGGUGCUGAUGUGCACUUGCAUUUUCUGCUGUCAUAUACAGGAGAGGUCUUGUUCUCCCCCUUUCCUACUCUGGUUGCUUUCUACUGAAGGCUGGCUGGGUCAGAAACCAUUGUCUGCUAGUGAAGGAGCCCCUGAACAGAAAACAGCUCUGGGCUGGCUUCAGUUUAAUGUUGUGCUGAAGGAGUUACAUACAUCAGAGGUGGAUGAGAAGAACUUGGAGGAGGGCACUGAUGAGCUCACUAGCGAUACAGGACAAGCAAAGACAAACAGAGGGAUGCUUUGUUUAGGGUUAUUCUAAGAGAGCCAGUGAGGAUUACAAGAAACAGUUUGUGUCUCUUGCUCCUGCCAGAAGACAGUGCAUUAAACCUGUAAUUAAAGUAAGUUGGUACUCUUGGGUGCUCAAGAGUGUGCAACAGCCUAUACAGAAAAGCCAGAGUACAUGGGUGCUGCACAGCCAGGCCAUGAGGACAUGCAAGCAGCUGCCAGCAUGUGCGAAAUUGCCUGUGAACAACACAAAGAUCUGAAGGACAUUUAUCUUUCAGGACUGUCCAUCCUGUUCUCUGGUAUUUGCUAUUAUCAGGACUCAAGAAGCCCUUAAUAAGAGGCACAGAUAGCAAACCAGAAAGGUUUGCUGCAAAAGGGCAGAGAACACACCUGAGCAGGGGCUGUGCUGGAGCAGCCACAGGCAGGGCCGCCAAGGCCCAUCAGUGCCUGAGACAGGUCAGAGGUUGUCCAGCUCCUCUCGCUGACACUGGUGGGAUCGGCUCCUGCUGCCUUCCCAGGAGCUCAUGGACAGAAAACAUGGGGCUGCUCCUGCCCUGCCUGGAGCACAAGGGUGGCUGCCGGAUGCUGUGGAGCUGCUGCUCUGGCUGUGAGUCAGGGCAGGCACGUGAGGUCAGCGCGGCCCCGACACCCGCCCGCCAUCGCUGCCCACGCCCGGCUCAGGAUCCCAGCCCACUGCACAGCCCUGCAGACCUUUCCAGCAACUACACGGAGGAGUACACAGCACAUGAGGAGAAAUACAAACCAGGCACAGCAAUGGAGAACCUUAAUGUCCCAUUCCCAGAUCUAACUGAAGAACAACAAGAUGUUUUCCAGAGGGUUUUUACUGCUGAUGCCAAUUACUUGGAGCAUCAUGAGAAAAUGAACCAGUCCUUCUGGGAAUCACUUGUGAAAUGUUUAGCCACCACUGACCCACCUAUCCUGAAUACCGAAGAAAAGAACAAUCUCCUCAACAGCUGCAGUGUCCUGCCUGGAGGCUGUGCAACCUGCCUGAAAACCAUAAAGAAGAAAGGAGUCAGGGCAGUGGCUGUUCUUUACCUCUUGCUGAAGACAACCAAUCUAUCUGGAUACAGGCAGCUGCCCAGCUCCAAGGGAAAGGAUGAAAAACUUAAACUCCUGAAGAGAUUGGAAAGGAAUCUCACACUUUCACAAGUUGAAAGCAAUUCUGAAGACUCAUCCCAUGAGUCCAUGGAUGAAGAUACACAAGACAGUGAUGGGGAAGAUUUAGGAAGACAGAAGACUGAAGGCCAAUUAGUUGGAGGCAUACCAGCUGAGGUUGUUCCCUACAGAGAUUCAGAGAUUACCAGAAGAGAAGAUUCAAUUGCAGAUGCAUCUCAGAAGGAGGACGCUCGCCUCCCUCAGUGGCCUGUUCGGUGGAUGGGCAUACGGAAGGAUGAUGAAUUCUUUCAUUUUGUCAUUCUUUGCUUUGCAAUUGGAGCUUUACUAAUUUGCUUCUACUACUACAAAGAUUGGACUAUUUCUCUUGGAAUUGGUUUAAUUACCUUUGCUUCCUUGGAAACCACUGGGAUAUACUUUGGCCUAGUGUAUCGAAUUCGGAGUGUACUUGACAGUUUUGUUCCUCUGAUUGACAAGCUCAGGCCAAGAGGUAUGAGGAAAGCUGCCUAGGAGUACGGCAGGAGAGUUCCACAAAACCCUGCUGCCUGAAUUCAUAGUAUUAGAAGAACUGCUUUGUGAGGCAAACAUAAAAACAUAAUGGUUAGUAUGAAAUAUUAGACUAUUAAACCAUAGAAGGACAUAAUUCCCUCCCCUCAAAAAUAAAGCUGGAACUGUGUUACAGGGUCCCAGUCUCUCUUCUGCAGUGAUUCGUGGCUUAGCAGAGCUCAUAAGACAACCUUGAUGUAGGCAUAUAUUUAAUUCCAUUAAAUAUAAACACAUUCUCCUUCCCUCCCCCAUGCAACCAUGUUAGUCUGCCUGUCAAAAUCAACAAAAUGCCAAAUAUUAUCCUCAACUGGUUCUGGAUUAGGCUCUGGAUGUUUCAGUAGGAAUCUUGGCAGCCACAGAGCCACCUCCUCUUCACCCCUUGUGAUGCAGCAGACCAGGCAAACACCAGCUGCUUGCUUACACAGUUGAGCCCCAACAGUGCAACAGCACUGAAGCAGAUUAAUUGAUUGUGGCAGAACUCAAUAUAGUGGGCAUGUAAUGAUUGCACCCAGUGAAAGCUGGGUGAGAUGUUACAUGCAGUGACAUAAUGGUGCAGUAAUGAGAUUAUUAACAGCAGCAAAUAUCAUCUCUUCUUCUGAGGGGAAAAGUGCUCGAUUUGACUCAACCCCAACGUUUUUCUUUCUUUGAGUAAAAUAAAGAGCAACUUUGACGUUCUUUUUAUAAGGUCAUGUUACACAUUCUAGGUGUAAGGUUAAUGCCAUCAUUGAAAAAAACUGAAAAAAAGGGAAUACUUUUAAAUUUUUAGAAAAAAUGUAAGGUCUUCAUAGAAAAAUGAAGUCUGACAGAGCCAUAAACACAAAAUUUUAAGGAAAUUUAGAUCUAACAGCAAUUAGCCUAAACAGCCCAGAGUUUUAAGGAACCAAUUUCAAUCCCUGCUCAGAAAAUUGAAAGUUUUUAGUUGUACUUCAUUUUAAACUUAAAGCACCAGUGUUGGUUGUUCUUGUGUGCAGCAGUUCCAUUUGCACAUCCAGAAGCAUCAGCAAUUGCAUGCAGGCCUGUACCAGCACAGCAGGUGCCCAGCAUGUGAGGGGUUAGCUUAAGCAAUAAGGAUGAAUACAAGUUAGUUAUGUAGUAAUAUUUAUAUUCUCAUUUACAUGUGCUAUUUACAUGUCUUUGUAGAAAGUAAUACCAAAAUGGUGGUUAGUCUGCAAAUAAACUCUUGUUUAGUGUGUUAUUAACGUCAAAUGGCUUCUGGGUGACCCAAAAACUCUGCACAGACACCUUGCUCUGAUGGAAAUUGCUUUUUUAGUUUCUUCUGCUAUGUAACAUCUUCCUCAAAGGUAAUUUAUGGAAUCAUCAGGAUGAGAAA